UAUAUUAUUUCAUUUUUAAAAAAAUCUCAGUUAAUGAUUAUGGUAUUGCAAUUCAUGCUUACGGUUAUCAUUAAUCAAUACAAUUACAGUUAACGAUACAAGUAUAUUAAUCACGUUACAUAUAUAUAUGUGUGUGUGUAUUAUGUACGUGAGGUACGACGAGGAACGUGUAUAAAUAUUUUAGUGAAAUUAAUCAAGAGAUAGUCAACAUAACCUUUUUACGUACGCAAUAAUCGUGACAACUGGUAAUUUUGAAGGACUUUUGUCAAAAUGACUACGUUUAGUCAAGGAACAUGUUUGUUAAUGUGUCCAGAGAAAGAACGUUGGAUAGAAAAAGAGGGUUUACUACACAAAUUUGAGAUCGACGAAAAUACAAAGGGAGCAAAAUUGCCGAAGGCAGAUCCAGCGAAAACUAUAAAAUGUUUCAGUCGUUCAGCAGCAGGAUCGGACAUGACCGAUAUGAAACUAUUGCGUCCAGCAUCGGUAUUAUUAUCGACGAUUCGAUAUUUGUUUAGCAAGUACAUACUUGUAAUAGCUACGCGUACCGAUGUAGAUUGGAUAAUAAUAUACGAAUUUAUCUUCGAUCGUUUAAGAUCUGUCAGACAAGACGCUGCAAUUCAAAGAAUCGAUGCCCUUAUGUAUAUUCAGUUGUUGGAACCUAUAGUUCGCUUUUUGGUUUAUUCUGCGCAAAGAUUAUGUGAGCGAAAUAUCUCUGAAUUUAAUACAAUUAUUAAUGGACAACACCUUGCCGAAUGCUUAACGCGUUUGUUAGUCUUAUAUGACGAAUCCGAAGACGAGGGAAAUUCUCUGGAACUUGAUAGAGAUAUGGAAAGAUUAAUAUUAAAUGACAAUCGUGCAGAAAUGGAAGCAUUAUACAUUCUUUUAUAUAUGGGUAACAUGGAAGCUUUGACGAGAGCAUUACGACUCCCUCAUGAUUUACGAAUAUCUCCAAAUGUACAAUUGUCGAUAAAAAUAUCGUUUGCUUGGUAUUUAAAAAAUUAUGUGCGCGUUUGUUCUCUAAUUCCACAACUUCCUCCAUUACUUAUAUGUGCAGCUAUGACUGGUAUACAAAAAUUAAGAAGGACAGCAUUAAAAAUUAUGAGUUCAGGAUACAACAGUAAAGUUUUCACAUUUCCGGGACUUAAAUUACAACAACUUUUAUUGUAUAAAGAGAUAGAUAAAAUUAAAGCAGAUUGUGAAUUACUUGGCCUUGUAUUCACCAAUCAAAAUAUUUUAUUUCAAAAGGCAAAUUUCAAAGAUGAAAUUCAAUUGACAUAUCCGGAAAUGUAUUAUACACAUCAAUGCUUACAUAGUUUUUUACCACAAAUUUUACUUGAAUCUGUAUAAUACAAAAAAUAGUGUUAAUUCAAAGUGUUAUAUCCUUGAUUUUAUAAUGAAUUAAUAAAUAUAUUGAUAAUAAAAAA